AGAACUUGGACGGAAAUUAUAACAAAUAGCUAAAUUGGAAACCGAUAUCAUGCUCUGUUGUCCUUCUCUCUGUUACCUCGGACCUGACCUGAAAAGACUAAAUUCACAGAAUUUGAGGUUUGUAGUUUUUUUUUUUUAAUACCUGUUUUGUUUUGUUUUAAAAUUUCUAUCAAGAGCCAGACAUUUGGAUAAAGAAGAAAUGAACAAAUGUAUGGAUUUCUGCUGAGAGUCAAGGAUUUUGGAAAGGUGGAGUUUAUUUACUGUAUGAAUAUUCUGCCCCCAAAGCCUUGCUCUGAAAUGUAGUGGAUUCCCUCACCCUGGAGGGGUAUGGCAGCAGGCUGGGUCACUUGGCUGAAAUACUACAACGCUAAUUUAGACAUCAUAAGGGGACUGAAUGAAGUGUAAGAUCACUUCCAAACUUAAGAGCCUGGAACUCUAGGAGACGGCAGCCCAGGGAAGCUAAAGCAGCUCCCGGGCUGUGAGUUGACCUAAAAUAUUCCAACUUAACCUGAGGACCCCAGAUCAAAGCUGCACCUUGCCUUGAAGACUCAGCCUGCUGGUGCCGGCGCACCGAGGUUAGAGCUACCGAGGAGAGACCCAUCUGCAAGAAGCUGCUGGACCAGUUUGUGGUCUUGUGUAACCCGAGCGCUGAGUUGCGGGACUUCAGAUAAAAGAGCUUGAACUCAAACUACAUCUGGCUUCCAGGUCCCACCAGUCGCCCAGGAGUUCUGGGGAAGAGAGGAGUUUUGGGUCAUCUCACAUUCGGACAGUCAAGCUGUGGGGACAGGACCUCAGGCUCUGGGCUGAGACCUGGGAAGCCCUUCAGAGGGACACGGAGAAAAGACCUCAUUUGCAGAGAGCUGCCAUCCUCCCGUGAUGUGGCUCUAUGUUUUGGUCAUCCUGGCUCCUCUUGCCACAGGCACAGCUUGGGGUCAACUUGAAGAAAUGCUCCCGCCGCCCGAGGUGGAGACCCUCCAGGGCAAAGUCAAGGGGAAGGUCGCAACCCUGAAAGGAUCUUCAAAGCCUGUGUCCAUUUUCCUGGGCGUCCCUUUUGCCAAGGCCCCUGUUGGACCCCGGAGGUUUGCUGCCCCAGAGCCUGUGGAGCCCUGGAAGGAUGUGAAGGACACCACGUCCUUCCCUCCCAUGUGCUCCCAAAUCACGGGGAAUGGCCCAACACUGUCUGAGGUCUUCAGCAACAAAUUUCCUUCCUCCUCUCCUAAGCACUCUGAAGACUGUCUUUAUCUAAAUAUUUACACCCCUGCUACCCGGAAGAGCAAAGAGCUGCUGCCGGUGAUGGUGUGGAUCCACGGAGGUGGCUUAGUCUCUGGUGGGGCAUCAAACUUUGACGGGCUGGCGCUAGCUACCCAUGAAAACGUGGUGGUGGUGACUAUCCAGUACCGCCUGGGCAUCUGGGGUUUCCUCAGCAGCCAGAGUGACCACGUGACACAGACCGAGCCACGCCACGCCUGA